AUGACGCCGACUAAAUGGCCCCGCCAGCCCGACAGAGCGGCCCGUCUACGAACAAGUCAACGCAAACACAAAGAAAAAGUAAAGCACCGCAUCAUCGAUCUGGAAUCUAGGCUGUUUACUACAGAAUGCAAGUUGGAACGAGCAUUAGCCGCUAUUGCGACGUUAUCAGAUGACCUUUUUGCUGUUCUGCAGCCAAAUACCCUUCGCACAGGGCACAGGCCCUUGAGUACAGCAAGGGUGAAUUCAGAACCAACUCACGGGGUUGUUCAGAAAUGCACACUACCGUGGGAGAAUGACGCGAAGCCAGAGGACUUCUCUUGGAGUUCUGCGCUUUUACAAGGCGGGAAGACGACACAAUCAUCUCUACAGGCAUCUGAAGGUGGAACACCAGAUCGAUCUUCCUCGAAUGACACAUGUGACAGCUCGACGUCACGGCAGUCAGAUACACCGGCUUCGACAAGUUUUUCAGAAGACCUUGCGCAUGAGUCGUAUGAUGCGCUGGAUCUUACUGCCAUGAGGGAUUGGAUCGAACCGAGGUUUAAGAAGCCGUUUGGGAAGGAUGCUGAUCGAAUACAGCCGUCAUCUUUGUUUGCGCUGAUGGAUUUUAUUAGUAGUUAG